AUGGAUUCGUCAGCUGCGGAAUCGUCGCACGAACCUUCUGCGACGGAUACCCCACCAACAGAUGCAACAACUCCGGUACAGGCGACACCUGCACCAGACUCGGCUUCUUCAGAUACGCCUGCACCAGAUACGCCUGCACCAGAUACGCCUGCACCAGAUGCGUCUGCACCAGCGCAUGCGGAGCCUGUAACGGGCUCUGCACUCGCAUCCGCCACCACGGUACAGUCUGACCAAUCGCCGGCUGCACCAGACGGUACACCAGUGACGUCAGACACGCCCGUAUCCUCGUCAGCAGGAGACGCAAGCGGUCCCAUUACUGCUGGUUCCGACGUUCAGCCAGCGCCUUCUGACCUGGCACCGUCGGUUGGGUCCGACAGCGAUCCUGUCACGUCGUCCGGCCCUGCUCGCCGCAGCGAAGGCGUUGCGGAGAGUCGGGAGGACGGCGCAACUGCUGGCGGAAGGAAUGGCGGAAAUGGUGAAGCGCAGGGAAGCGAAGUGCGCGGAGGGGGAAGCGGCCGAGGGGGAAGCGAGGGAAGGGGGAGAGGUAGGGAAGCUACUAGGACGACCAGCAGCAGCGGCAGAAGCGGCGGCAGGUCCGCUAAGCCAGGUUCUGACGCAGCAAGGCGGUACACCGCCGAGGCAUCUGCUCCGCCGCCCUCGCUACUGGAACAGGCGCAAGCGUUACCCGGUUGCUCGCUCUUCUCCAAGGGCCUGCAGUCGCUUCGCUCGUCGCUCGCCAGCCCUUCGCCUGAGUCUUCGCCAAGCCCUGCGACAGGGAGAACAGGUGGAGGUGGGGGAGGUGGUCAGUCUGUCCCAGGUAGUGGGGGUGGGGCAGCAGGAACAGGACGAGGAACGGCAGGAGGAGCGGCGGGAGGAGAAACAGGAGGAGCGGCGGAAGGAGGAGGAAGAGAAGGGAGAAAAGGAGGCGUAAGUGGGGCAGGAAGCACGCCUGGCGCCACAACUGGGUCAGACGGACCAGUGGUCCGCAGCGCAUCAGGGGGGGCAGGGCUGGGCGGGCUGGUGGGGGGGGGAGCGACAGUGGACGGCGCAGCAGUGCGCGAGUCCGCCAAGGAGGUGCUCAAGAGCGCGGAGAAGCUGCAGGAGAACGCGCGCGCUGCCCUGGGGUCGUUCUUCACGUCCCUCUCUGAGAAGGGCACAGGCGCGCCUGGAGGGAGUAGCAGUGGUAGUGCGAGCGGUGGGAGUGGGAGCGGGAGUGGCAGGCAGGCGGCAGCAGAGGCUGCGGCGGCAGCAGCUGCUGGGAUGCAGCAGCUAUGGCAGUCGUUCUCGGUCUCUGCUGCUCCUGCUGCUCCGGCUGCAGGUGCUGGGCGUGGUGCAGGCCAGGGCAGGGGGCGAGGGAGGGGUGGUCGUGGUGGCGGUGGGAGGGGUGAGAGGCAGGGAGGAGCAGGUGAGGGAGAAAGGGCGGGAGGAGGGAAGGGAGAAGGCAAGGCAGAAAGGAUGGUAGAAGGGAAGGGAGAAGGGAAGGUGGCAGCAACAGUGGUGGCCGGAGGCAGUAACGCAGGAGAGGGUGCAAAGGGAGCAGGAGAAAAGAAGGGAGAAGGAGAGAAAGGGGCAGAGGCAGGCACACGGGAGGAGGGGCGGACGGCGGGAGCUGGAGAAAUGAAGGAAGUGGAGGAGGAGGAGGAGGAGGAGAAGGAGGAAGGGGCGGUUGGGAAGGAGGGGGGAACUGAGAAGGCGGAGAAUGAGGGGGAGAAAGGGGAGGAAGGGGGGGACGUUGACGGGGGGGAUGACUUGGUGGCGGAGAUCCUAGAGUGGGCGGCGACUGCAGGAGAGGACGCGGAUGAGGACACAGAAGCGGCGUUUGCUGCUGUUAUGGAUGCCCUGGGUAGUGUGGGCGAGGAGGAGGAGGAUGGGGAGGAGGGCAAGGGUGGUAGUGGGAGUGGUGGUGGUGGUGAUGGUGAUGGUGCUGGUGCUGGUGCUGGUGAUGAUGCUGGUGCUGGUGGUGAUGCUGCUGGUGAGAUAAGAGAAGAGGCAGGGUCAGAGGGAGGAGGAGGAGGCGUUAGGCUGAGCUCUGCUGACAAGGGGAAGGCGAUUGCCACAGAGGAGGAUGACCCAGGGGUCGGGACAGGGGAGCAAAUGGCACAGGCAGAGAAAGAGGCGGCGAAGCAAGCAGAAGCAGAGAAGCAAGCAGAGGCAGAGGCCCAAGCGCAGAGGCAGGCGCAGUUAAAGGCUGAGAAGCUGGCUAAGGCACAGGCGAAAGCACGUGCUCAGGCGCAGGCACAGGAGCAAGCAGCAGCCGCAGGAGCAGCAGCGGCGGCUGCAGCAGCAGCAGCCGCCGCGACUGCAAGCCAGGCCCUUGGCUCUUUCACUAAGGGAUUCAUGGAAGGCACACGGGGGUGGGUGGAGGAGAGUAAGAAGGGUUUAUUAGAUGGGACUAAGGGCCUGGUUGAAGGGACUAAGGAGCUUGUUGGUGAAGGUACUAAGGGGUUUGUGAUAGGGACGAGAGGGUUGAUGGAGGCGACUAAGGAGUUGGUGGAGGAAGGGAGGAAGGAGAUAGUGGAAGGGACGAUGGAGUGGGUUGAAGAGGGAAAGAAGGGGAUUGCGGGUGGUACAAAGGUGUUACAGGACGGUUCGAAGGUGAUUCAGGAUAGGACGAAGGGGCUGGUGGAGCGGUCGCAGAGUGCGGCAAAGGCGAUUCAGACGCAGGCGAAGCACAUGGCGUCGCACGGCAAGAGGCGGUUUCAGCAGGGCGGGUUUGACCUGGAUAUGACGUACAUCACUGCGGGGGUGAUUGCCAUGGGGUUUCCCGCUGGCGGCGACGCGAACGCUGGCAUCAUGAGAAGUGACGCAUGUCUGUGUGCAGGAAGUGACGCAUGUCUGUGUGCAGGAAGUGACGCAUGUCUGUGUGCAGGAAGUGACGCAUGUCUGUGUGCAGGAAGUGACGCAUGUCUGUGUGCAGGAAGUGACGCAUGUCUGUGUGCAGGAAGUGACGCAUGUCUGUGUGCAGGAAGUGACGCAUGUCUGUGUGCAGGAAGUGACGCAUGUCUGUGUGCAGGAAGUGACGCAUGUCUGUGUGCAGGAAGUGACGCAUGUCUGUGUGCAGGAAGUGACGCAUGUCUGUGUGCAGGAAGUGACGCAUGUCUGUGUGCAGGAAGUGACGCAUGUCUGUGUGCAGGAAGUGACGCAUGUCUGUGUGCAGGAAGUGACGCAUGUCUGUGUGCAGGAAGUGACGCAUGUCUGUGUGCAGGAAGUGACGCAUGUCUGUGUGCAGGAAGUGACGCAUGUCUGUGUGCAGGAAGUGACGCAUGUCUGUGUGCAGGAAGUGACGCAUGUCUGUGUGCAGGAAGUGACGCAUGUCUGUGUGCAGGAAGUGACGCAUGUCUGUGUGCAGGAAGUGACGCAUGUCUGUGUGCAGGAAGUGACGCAUGUCUGUGUGCAGGAAGUGACGCAUGUCUGUGUGCAGGAAGUGACGCAUGUCUGUGUGCAGGAAGUGACGCAUGUCUGUGUGCAGGAAGUGACGCAUGUCUGUGUGCAGGAAGUGACGCAUGUCUGUGUGCAGGAAGUGACGCAUGUCUGUGUGCAGGAAGUGACGCAUGUCUGUGUGCAGGAAUGCAUGGUUCACACACGUGCGUCACUUCCUCGAGACGGUCUGUACCGCAACCAUGUCACGGACGUGCUUCACUUCCCUCGAACCCUCACUACCAACUCUCCGUUAAUUCCCCGCUCCCUCCCUUCUCUCCCAACACUUGUUCUUCCCUUCCUGCCUGCGACCAGGGUCUGUAUCGCAACCAUGUCACGGACGGUCUGUACCGCAACCAUGUCACGGACGUGCUUUACUUCCUCGAGACAUACCACAAGGGUCGCUACAUGAUCAUCAACCUGUGCUCAGAGCCCCUUUACCAGUACGACCCCUCUGUCUUCCACGGUCGUGUUGGCGCUUUCCCCAUUGCCGAGGGGCAGGUGCCGCCCCUGCCCAUCAUUCUAAACUUUUGCUUGACUGCCCGGGCUUGGCUGAGUGCUUCUGAAGACCGGAGAAAGCCGAUUGUGGGGGGCAGAGUGAGCGAGGAGGCGAAGGUUGGGCAGGAGGGUAAGGUUGGGAAGGAGGGGGAGGGGAAGACAGAGUGGAGUGAUCGCAUGCUCGUGAUUCACUCCAAGGAGGGGCUGGGCCGCACAGGCCUCAUGACCUCCUCCCUGCUGCUCUUCCUCAACGUACGUCUCCAGUUCUUCAUAAAGUUUUUGCCCACUGCUGGUGGUACUUUUGAGAAGUCUCAAAAGUACCAUCAACUCCUGCUCUUCCUCAACGUACGUCUCCGGUUCUUCAUAAAGUUUUUGCCCACUGCUGGUGGUACUUUUGAGAAGUCUCAAAAGUACCAUCAACUCCUGCUCUUCCUCAACGUACGUCUCCGGUUCUUCAUAAAGUUUUUGCCCACUGCUGGUGGUACUUUUGAGAAGUCUCAAAAGUACCAUCAACUCCUGCUCUUCCUCAACGUACGUCUCCGGUUCUUCAUAAAGUUUUUGCCCACUGCUGGUGGUACUUUUGAGAAGUCUCAAAAGUACCAUCAACUCCUGCUCUUCCUCAACGUACGUCUCCGGUUCUUCAUAAAGUUUUUGCCCACUGCUGGUGGUACUUUUGAGAAGUCUCAAAAGUACCAUCAACUCCUGCUCUUCCUCAACGUACGUCUCCGGUUCUUCAUAAAGUUUUUGCCCACUGCUGGUGGUACUUUUGAGAAGUCUCAAAAGUACCAUCAACUCCUGCUCUUCCUCAACGUACGUCUCCGGUUCUUCAUAAAGUUUUUGCCCACUGCUGGUGGUACUUUUGAGAAGUCUCAAAAGUACCAUCAACUCCUGCUCUUCCUCAACGUACGUCUCCGGUUCUUCAUAAAGUUUUUGCCCACUGCUGGUGGUACUUUUGAGAAGUCUCAAAAGUACCAUCAACUCCUGCUCUUCCUCAACGUACGUCUCCGGUUCUUCAUAAAGUUUUUGCCCACUGCUGGUGGUACUUUUGAGAAGUCUCAAAAGUACCAUCAACUCCUGCUCUUCCUCAACGUACGUCUCCGGUUCUUCAUAAAGUUUUUGCCCACUGCUGGUGGUACUUUUGAGAAGUCUCAAAAGUACCAUCAACUCCUGCUCUUCCUCAACGUACGUCUCCAGUUCUUCAUAAAGUUUUUGCCCACUGCUGGUGGUACUUUUGAGAAGUCUCAAAAGUACCAUCAACUCCUGCUCUUCCUCAACGUACGUCUCCAGUUCUUCAUAAAGUUUUUGCCCACUGCUGGUGGUACUUUUGAGAAGUCUCAAAAGUACCAUCAACUCCUGCUCUUCCUCAACGUACGUCUCCAGUUCUUCAUAAAGUUUUUGCCCACUGCUGGUGGUACUUUUGAGAAGUCUCAAAAGUACCAUCAACUCCUGCUCUUCCUCAACGUACGUCUCCAGUUCUUCAUAAAGUUUUUGCCCACUGCUGGUGGUACUUUUGAGAAGUCUCAAAAGUACCAUCAACUCCUGCUCUUCCUCAACGUACGUCUCCGGUUCUUCAUAAAGUUUUUGCCCACUGCUGGUGGUACUUUUGAGAAGUCUCAAAAGUACCAUCAACUCCUGCUCUUCCUCAACGUACGUCUCCGGUUCUUCAUAAAGUUUUUGCCCACUGCUGGUGGUACUUUUGAGAAGUCUCAAAAGUACCAUCAACUCCUGCUCUUCCUCAACGUACGUCUCCGGUUCUUCAUAAAGUUUUUGCCCACUGCUGGUGGUACUUUUGAGAAGUCUCAAAAGUACCAUCAACUCCUGCUCUUCCUCAACGUACGUCUCCAGUUCUUCAUAAAGUUUUUGCCCACUGCUGGUGGUACUUUUGAGAAGUCUCAAAAGUACCAUCAACUCCUGCUCUUCCUCAACGUACGUCUCCAGUUCUUCAUAAAGUUUUUGCCCACUGCUGGUGGUACUUUUGAGAAGUCUCAAAAGUACCAUCAACUCCUGCUCUUCCUCAACGUACGUCUCCAGUUCUUCAUAAAGUUUUUGCCCACUGCUGGUGGUACUUUUGAGAAGUCUCAAAAGUACCAUCAACUCCUGCUCUUCCUCAACGUACGUCUCCAGUUCUUCAUAAAGUUUUUGCCCACUGCUGGUGGUACUUUUGAGAAGUCUCAAAAGUACCAUCAACUCCUGCUCUUCCUCAACGUACGUCUCCGGUUCUUCAUAAAGUUUUUGCCCACUGCUGGUGGUACUUUUGAGAAGUCUCAAAAGUACCAUCAACUCCUGCUCUUCCUCAACGUACGUCUCCAGUUCUUCAUAAAGUUUUUGCCCACUGCUGGUGGUACUUUUGAGAAGUCUCAAAAGUACCAUCAACUCCUGCUCUUCCUCAACGUACGUCUCCAGUUCUUCAUAAAGUUUUUGCCCACUGCUGGUGGUACUUUUGAGAAGUCUCAAAAGUACCAUCAACUCCUGCUCUUCCUCAACGUACGUCUCCAGUUCUUCAUAAAGUUUUUGCCCACUGCUGGUGGUACUUUUGAGAAGUCUCAAAAGUACCAUCAACUCCUGCUCUUCCUCAACGUACGUCUCCAGUUCUUCAUAAAGUUUUUGCCCACUGCUGGUGGUACUUUUGAGAAGUCUCAAAAGUACCAUCAACUCCUGCUCUUCCUCAACGUACGUCUCCGGUUCUUCAUAAAGUUUUUGCCCACUGCUGGUGGUACUUUUGAGAAGUCUCAAAAGUACCAUCAACUCCUGCUCUUCCUCAACGUACGUCUCCAGUUCUUCAUAAAGUUUUUGCCCACUGCUGGUGGUACUUUUGAGAAGUCUCAAAAGUACCAUCAACUCCUGCUCUUCCUCAACGUACGUCUCCGGUUCUUCAUAAAGUUUUUGCCCACUGCUGGUGGUACUUUUGAGAAGUCUCAAAAGUACCAUCAACUCCUGCUCUUCCUCAACGUACGUCUCCGGUUCUUCAUAAAGUUUUUGCCCACUGCUGGUGGUACUUUUGAGAAGUCUCAAAAGUACCAUCAACUCCUGCUCUUCCUCAACGUACGUCUCCGGUUCUUCAUAAAGUUUUUGCCCACUGCUGGUGGUACUUUUGAGAAGUCUCAAAAGUACCAUCAACUCCUGCUCUUCCUCAACGUACGUCUCCGGUUCUUCAUAAAGUUUUUGCCCACUGCUGGUGGUACUUUUGAGAAGUCUCAAAAGUACCAUCAACUCCUGCUCUUCCUCAACGUACGUCUCCGGUUCUUCAUAAAGUUUUUGCCCACUGCUGGUGGUACUUUUGAGAAGUCUCAAAAGUACCAUCAACUCCUGCUCUUCCUCAACGUACGUCUCCGGUUCUUCAUAAAGUUUUUGCCCACUGCUGGUGGUACUUUUGAGAAGUCUCAAAAGUACCAUCAACUCCUGCUCUUCCUCAACGUACGUCUCCGGUUCUUCAUAAAGUUUUUGCCCACUGCUGGUGGUACUUUUGAGAAGUCUCAAAAGUACCAUCAACUCCUGCUCUUCCUCAACGUACGUCUCCAGUUCUUCAUAAAGUUUUUGCCCACUGCUGGUGGUACUUUUGAGAAGUCUCAAAAGUACCAUCAACUCCUGCUCUUCCUCAACGUACGUCUCCGGUUCUUCAUAAAGUUUUUGCCCACUGCUGGUGGUACUUUUGAGAAGUCUCAAAAGUACCAUCAACUCCUGCUCUUCCUCAACGUACGUCUCCGGUUCUUCAUAAAGUUUUUGCCCACUGCUGGUGGUACUUUUGAGAAGUCUCAAAAGUACCAUCAACUCCUGCUCUUCCUCAACGUACGUCUCCGGUUCUUCAUAAAGUUUUUGCCCACUGCUGGUGGUACUUUUGAGAAGUCUCAAAAGUACCAUCAACUCCUGCUCUUCCUCAACGUACGUCUCCAGUUCUUCAUAAAGUUUUUGCCCACUGUUGGAUUCCUGUGGUUCGAGUCCUUCUUUUUCCGCUCAGGCCUCAUGGCCUCCUCUCUGCUGCUCUUCCUCAACACACGCCCCUCCCCUGUUGAACCUUCUUCCCUGCCUCUUGCCAGCACCAAUAUCGCACAACUACAGUGCUACGCAACAGCAGGCGAGGCAAUCGUAUUUACCAUUCCCUCACUCCCAUUCAAAUUUUCCACCACCCCACCCAUCGUCGCCCCACCGCAGUACUAUGCAACAGCAGACGAGGCCAUAAACUAUUUCAACGCCAAGCGAUGCACCGAUGGAAAGGCCCUUGUGCUGCCCAGCCAGAAGCGAUAUGUGAAGUAUUUUGAAGAGAUUCUCAGGGUCAGGCACGGAAUCAUCCCUCCACCCCGCAAGUGUCACAUCCGUGGCCUUCGCAUUCAUCGCUGCCCCUACUGGGUGCGACCUGCCAUUGUUGUCUCCGACCAAUCAGGUGUUCUCUUCAACUCCCGCAAGCAUCCAAAGACAAAAGACUUCAUGCCCGACGACAUGUGGCACCAGUCGACACAGAGGGAGGGCGUGGUGGUAUUCGCCCUGCCUGGCGAGCGGGGCAUAGCCCCCGUGGAGGGCGACUUCUGCCUCAAGUUCAUCGACCGCAACGGGGAUUUCUACUGCUGGCUCAACACAGGCAUGAUGCCCAACCGCCUUGUCAUUCCGUGUGAAGAAUUUGACAACUUCGACAAGCGCCGUCUCCCAUCGCCCGGGCUGCAAGUGGAGGUAAUUCUGCUGGACCACGACGCCCCCCUGCCGCACCCCAAGAAGAAAACCCCUGCUGCUGCCGCUGCUGCUGCUGCCACCUCGGCGCCUGCUAGCUCAUCUGCAGCAGGGAAGGGAGGAGCGACAGACGCCAAGGGGAAAGGCAAGGCUUCUGCUGCAAGUGCUGCGCCUGCUGCGACCAAGGCCUCGUCAGGCUUCUCACUCGCAGCUUCUUUCCAGAGCUUCAUGAUGGGAGCAACAGCCAAGCCCCAGGCGACGCCCCAGCAGCAACAGCAGCAGCAAAAGGCGAAGCAGAAACCUUCAGCUUCCGCUUCUGCCUCAGCAGGGUCUCGAACCACUGCUGCUGGCAACACUAAUUGUGGUGCUGGUGCUGGUGCUGCUGGUGGUUCGAGGGGACCAAAGCACUCACUUGAAGGUGGUAGUGGCACGGGCCAAUCAAAAGGGGGGGUGGGCGGAAGGAGGGCAGAGGAGGAGGACGAUAUGCACCCAGACAUCUUCAGUGACAGUGAUGAUGACGAGGAUGAGAGGGGGGAGGAGGAGAAGGAAGAGGUGGGAAGGGGGCGUGGAGCAGGUGGAGCAGGGAGGGUGGGGAAGGAGAGCAGGGAAACUCCGCCUCUGAUUGGACUCGAGGAGGUUUCUGGUGUUCCUUCCCCUGCAGCAGGGGUGGCCGCAGGAGGUGCAGCAGCAGCAGCAGCAGCAGCAUUGGGGAGAAUUGGUUCCCCAGCCGGUUCUGGCCUGAGCCUGACCUCCCUGGGAACAGCAGCUGGUACUGCUUCCAGCCCAGCAGCAGCAGCAGCAGCAGGAGCAGGAGCAGGAGCAGCAGGAAUGGCUGGGAGAGCUUCGUCGCCCCUCCGUGGCCCGUCCAACCCGGUAACCGCUGGGGCACAGGCAGGGGCAGGGACAGGGAUCACAGGAAGCACUGCUGCUGGUUCUGCCAGUCCUGUUAAAGCUGCUGCUGUUACUGCAGCAGCGGUCAAGCCGGCAGCAGCAGCAGGGGUGGGGGCAGGGGAGAGCAAGGACAAGGACUUGCAGUUCUUUGGGCCGUCGAGUGACUUUGCCAUUGCUGCUGCCAGCGCUGCUGAUGCUUCAGUGUUUUCUUUUGGUGAUGAUGAGGAUGACUUGGAGGACUUUUAG